AUCCCCCGCGCGGCGACGCUGCGCGGACAUGCCCGGAACCCGCCCCUCGUUCGUCCCCACCUCUGCCCGCCAAAGUCAGCGCGCGAAAUCCCUGGCGCGAACCUAGGACUGCCGGGUGCGUCGCGCUAAGCAAGUGUGGCGUCCGGGACAGCCGCGCGCAAGGAACAUUUGACGAGAGAAAAAUAGACCCAGAAAGGAGAGUGCUAUCGCCAUCAUGCAGCGGAGUAUCAUGUCCUUUUUCUACCCCACAAAAGAGGGUAAAGCAAAGAAGCCUGAGAAGGAAACCAGCAGCAGCAGCAGAGAGACAGAGCCCCCUCCGAAGGUGGCACUAAAGGAGCGGAAUGGAGUGGUGCCCGAGAGUGACUCUCCAGUGAAGAGGCCAGGGAGGAAGGCAGCCCGGGUCUUGAGCAGCGAAGGGGAGGAGGAGGAUGAAGCCCUCAGCCCCACCGAAGACCAGAAGCCCGGGCCAGACUCCCCACAGGGGUCCCCUGCCAGCCCUGCCACGUGUCCCAAGAACAGCCCUUCCUUCUCGGGCACCUCCCCCAUAGACAUCUCCCCGUCAGGAAUACCAAAGCGUCUCACAGCUCGGAAACAGCUGCCGAAACGGGUAAUUCAGGACGUCCUGGAAGAUCAGAGUGAGGACAAGGACAGAGAAGCCAAGAGGAGGAAGAAGGAGGAAGAGGCAGAGACACCAAGAGAAAGCCCCACGGAGACUGGCGUGGCAAAAGUGAAGGAAGAAGAGGAGGAGGACCAGCCCUCAACGCCCCCUGAGCUCCCAAAGCCCCGCAAAGCAGAGACCCCAGCAAAGACAGAAAGUGUUUCUACACCCGAGGUGGCCCGGAAGCAGGAGCCACAGGAAAAGAACCAGAGCGGUCUUGCCCCCAGAGGCCCUAGGACCCUCAGCAGUUUCUUCACACCCCGGAAGCCAUCAGUCAAAACUGAAGUGAAAGAAGAGCAGUCAGGUACUCCGAGAAAGGAGGAGGCCAAGGGACCCCCGGAGCCAGUGAGCUACAAUCCCGCCAAGAAUAACUACCAUCCCAUCGAGGACGCGUGCUGGAGCCGGGGCCAGAAGGUCCCUUACCUGGCCGUGGCCCGGACGUUUGAGAAGAUCGAGGAGGUUUCUGCUCGGCUCCGGAUGGUGGAGACGCUGAGCAACUUGCUGCGCUCCGUGGUGGCCCUGUCCCCUCCAGACCUGCUCCCUGUUCUGUACCUCACCCUUAACCGCCUUGGGCCUCCCCAGCAGGGCCUGGAGCUAGGCGUCGGUGAUGGUGUCCUUCUCAAGGCCGUGGCCCAGGCCACAGGCCGGCAGCUAGAAUCCGUCCGGGCUGAGGCUGUUGAGAAGGGCGACGUGGGGCUGGUGGCCGAGAACAGCCGCAGCACCCAGAGACUGAUGUUGCCGCCGCCCCCUCUUACCACCUCUGGGGUCUUCUACAAGUUCCGGGACAUCGCCCUGCUCACCGGCAAUGCUUCCAUGACCAAGAAGAUGGACAUCAUCAAAGGCCUGUUCGUCGCCUGCCGCCACUCAGAAGCCCGGUUCAUCGCCCGGGCCCUGAGUGGACGGCUGCGCCUCGGGUUGGCCGAGCAGUCAGUGUUGGCUGCCCUCUCCCAGGCUGUGAGCCUCACGCCCCCAGGCCAAGAAUUCCCUCCAGCCGUGCUGGAUGCCGGGAAGGGCAAGACCACAGAGGCCAGAAAGACGUGGCUGGAGGAGCAAGGCAUGAUCUUGAAGCAGACGUUCUGCGAGGUGCCUGACCUGGACCGAAUCAUCCCCGUGCUGCUGGAACAUGGCCUGGAGCGUCUCCCGGAGCACUGCAAGCUGAGCCCAGGGGUCCCUCUGAAACCCAUGUUGGCCCAUCCCACUCGGGGUGUCAGUGAGGUCCUGAAACGCUUUGAGGAGGCAGCCUUCACCUGCGAGUACAAAUACGAUGGGCAGAGGGCACAGAUCCAUGUUCUGGAAGGCGGGGAGGUGAAGAUCUUCAGCAGGAAUCAGGAGGACAACACGGGGAAGUACCCCGACAUCAUCAGCCGCAUCCCCAAGAUUAAACUCCCCUCAGUCACAUCCUUUAUCCUGGACACUGAAGCUGUGGCUUGGGACCGGGAAAAGAAGCAGAUCCAGCCGUUCCAAGUGCUGACCACUCGCAAACGGAAGGAGGUAGAUGCAGCGGAGAUCCAGGUGCAGGUGUGUCUGUAUGCCUUCGACCUCAUCUACCUCAAUGGAGAGUCCCUGGUCCGUGAGCCCCUGUCUCGACGCCGGCAGCUGCUCCGGGAGAACUUCGUAGAAACGGAGGGUGAAUUUGUCUUCGCCACCUCCCUGGACACCAAGGACACGGAGCAGAUCGCUGAGUUCUUGGAGCAGUCGGUGAAAGACUCCUGCGAGGGGCUCAUGGUGAAGACCUUGGAUGUCGAUGCCACCUACGAGAUCGCCAAAAGGUCGCACAACUGGCUCAAGCUGAAGAAGGACUACCUCGAUGGUGUGGGUGACACGCUGGACCUCGUGGUGAUCGGCGCCUACCUAGGCCGGGGGAAGCGGGCCGGCCGCUACGGGGGCUUCCUGCUGGCUGCCUACGAUGAGGAGAGCGAGGAGCUGCAGGCCAUAUGCAAGCUUGGCACGGGCUUCAGCGACGAGCAGCUGGAAGAGCAUUACCAGAACCUCCAGGCCUUGGUGCUGCCCACCCCCCGCCCCUAUGUGCGGGCAGAUGGUGCCGUGGCCCCUGACCACUGGCUGGAUCCCAGCUCCGUGUGGGAGGUGAAGUGCGCUGACCUCUCUCUCUCCCCGAUCUACCCUGCCGCCCGGGGCCUGGUGGACAGUGAGAAGGGGAUCUCCCUUCGAUUCCCUCGGUUUAUUCGCAUCCGUGCAGACAAGAAGCCAGAGGAGGCCACUACCAGUGCCCAGGUGGCCUGUCUGUACCGCAAGCAAAGUCAAAUUCAGAACCAAGGCAUUGACUCGGACUCUGACAAUGAGGAGUUCUACUAAGCCUCUAUGCUCCAGGGCCUGGGGCAGCGGAGAAGGGGACCCAGGGAUGUGGAAGAUACGGUGUUGCAGUCUGGUGUAUGUGCUGGGCCGGGGAUUCAUUUGUUCACUUCUUUCAAUAAAUAAUUAUGAGACAUC